GCUGACGUAUUAAUCUGGCGACUGCGCGGCGCGACAUCGUGAAAACGUUUAAGCAGACGCUGUUUGGUUUUGUUUUGCAAUCUAAUUAACUUGUAGAGACGGUAUAAAAACCAGAAUACAGAAAGUUUGGAUUUUUUUCUGUCUUAAAACGACAGCACUGUCUAACCAGCAGGAUGUCUCUGGCUGAUGAACUUUUAGCAGAUUUAGAGGAAGCUGGAAAUGAAGGUGAAGAUGAUCUUUACCCAGGUGAUGAAGAUGGGGAUGGUGAAGGGGAGGCAGGUGAAAGGGAUGGAGUGGGAGGAGGCUUGGAGGAUAUACCCGAAGAAAUGGAGGUAGACUACAGUGGAACAGAGUCAGUCACAUCAAUUGCAAAACUCCGACACAGCAAGCCAUUUUCUGAGAUCAUGGAGAAGAUUUCUGAGUAUGUAGGGAAUCAGCGAAAUAACACAGAUGUUUCAGGUCCAGUAGAAGCAGACCCAGAAUACAGAUUGAUUGUGGCUGCCAAUAACUUGACGGUGGAAAUCGACAAUGAGCUCAACAUCAUCCACAAGUUUAUCCGUGACAAAUAUUCAAAAAGAUUCCCUGAGCUUGAAUCCUUGGUACCAAACUCUCUGGAUUAUAUCCGGACUGUCAAGGAACUGGGUAACAACUUGGAUAAGUGCAAGAACAAUGAGACUCUCCAGCAGAUUCUAACUAAUGCCACCAUAAUGGUUGUCAGUGUGACUGCUUCAACAACCCAGGGGUCAUUACUGGGUGAUGAUGAGCUUCAGCGGUUGGAGGAGGCUUGUGACAUGGCUCUGGAAUUAAACCAAUCAAAGCACACGAUCUAUGAAUAUGUGGAGUCCAGGAUGUCUUUUAUUGCACCCAAUCUUUCCAUCAUCGUCGGAGCUUCCACCGCGGCCAAGAUCAUGGGCAUUGCCGGAGGCCUCACCAACCUGUCCAAGAUGCCGGCGUGUAACCUGAUGCUACUGGGUGUUCAGCGUAAAACCCUGUCCGGGUUCAGUAGCACCUCCCUGCUCCCACACACCGGCUACAUCUACCACUGCGAUGUGGUGCAGUCCCUGCCCCCUGACCUACGCAGGAAGGCGGCCCGACUGGUGUCAGCCAAGUGCACCCUGGUUGCGAGAGUGGACAGCUUUCACGAGAGCCCUGAUGGCAAGGUUGGCUGUGAACUGAAGGAGGAGAUUGAGAGGAAGUUUGACAAAUGGCAGGAGCCGCCCCCUGUGAAGCAGGUGAAGCCCCUGCCCGCCCCCCUGGAUGGCCAGCGUAAGAAGCGAGGGGGGAGGAGGUACCGUAAAAUGAAGGAGCGUCUGGGACUAACGGAGAUCAGGAAAAACGCCAACAGGAUGACCUUCGCCGAGAUCGAGGACGACGCCUACCAGGAGGAUCUGGGCUUCAGCCUCGGCCAGCUUGGCAAGUCAGGGAGCGGACGUGUCCGACAGGCACAGGUUAACGAGGCCACCAAGGCCAGGAUAUCGAAGUCUAUGCAGAGGACUUUACAGAAACAGAGUAUGGUGUACGGGGGCAAGUCCACUGUGAGAGAUCGCUCCUCCGGGACCAGCUCCAGCGUGGCCUUCACUCCCCUGCAGGGACUGGAGAUCGUCAAUCCCCAAGCGGCAGAGAAGAAGGUGGCUGAGGCUAACCAGAAAUACUUCUCCAACAUGGCGGAGUUCCUCAAAGUUAAGAGGGAGGGUGAGGGUAAAAUGUAAGUCCUCUGAGCUUAAGCAGCCAUGGAAGGUUUUGAUGUACAUAGAUCCCCCUCAUGGGCUCAAAUAUGUAAUGUGCUACUUCACAGGUUUUAUGCAGCUUCUGUUUGGUUGGAGUUACACAUCAUUUUGUUUUAAUAAAGUAACCAUCCUAUGGAACA